ACCUCUGGUGCCUGGCGGGGAGGCCCCUUCCUGGGCCUGCGGAGACAGCCACCAUGUCCCACCGGAAGUUCUCUGCCCCUCGGCAUGGGCACCUAGGCUUCCUGCCCCACAAGAGGAGCCGCCGGCACCGGGGCAAGGUGAAGACAUGGCCACGGGACGACCCCAGCCAGCCCGUCCACCUCACGGCUUUCCUGGGCUACAAGGCGGGCAUGACACACACUCUGCGUGAGGUGCACCGACCAGGCCUCAAAAUUUCCAAGCGGGAGGAGGUGGAGGCAGUGACAAUUGUGGAGACCCCGCCACUAGUGGUGGUGGGCGUGGUGGGUUACGUGGCCACCCCUCGCGGCCUGCGGAGCUUCAAGACCAUCUUCGCGGAGCACCUCAGCGACGAGUGCAGGCGCCGCUUCUACAGGGACUGGCAUAAGAGCAAGAAGAAAGCCUUCACCAAGGCCUGCAAGAGGUGGCGUGAUGCUGACGGCAAAAAGCAGCUCCAGAAAGACUUUGCCGCCAUGAAGAAGUACUGCAAGGUCAUUCGUGUCAUUGUCCACACCCAGAUGAAGCUGCUGCCCUUCCGGCAGAAGAAGGCCCACAUCAUGGAGGUCCAGCUGAAUGGCGGCACAGUGGCCGAGAAGGUGGCCUGGGCGCAGGCCCGGCUGGAGAAGCAGGUGUCGGUGCACAGCGUGUUCGGCCAGAAUGAGGUCAUUGAUGUCAUCGCUGUUACCAAGGGCCGUGGCGUCAAAGGGGUCACAAGCCGCUGGCAUACCAAGAAGCUGCCGCGGAAGACCCACAAGGGGCUGCGCAAGGUGGCCUGCAUUGGUGCCUGGCACCCUGCCCGCGUGGGCUGCUCCAUCGCCCGGGCUGGCCAGAAGGGCUACCACCACCGCACGGAGCUCAACAAGAAGAUCUACCGCAUCGGCCGGGGGCUGCACAUGGAGGAGGGGAAGCUGGUCAGGAACAACGCAUCCACCAGCUAUGACAUGACUGCCAAGUCCGUCACACCGCUGGGCGGCUUCCCCCACUAUGGAGAGGUCAACAACGACUUCGUCAUGCUCAAGGGCUGCAUCGCGGGCACCAGGAAGAGGGUCAUCACGCUGAGGAAGUCCCUCCUGGUACACCACAGCCAUCAGGCCCUGGAGAACAUCGAGCUCAAGUUCAUCGACACCACCUCCAAGUUCGGCCACGGCCGCUUCCAGACUGCCCAAGAGAAGAGGGCCUUCAUGGGCCCCCAGAAGAAGCAUCUCGAGGAAGAAAAGCUGGAGGCCUCGGGAGACUUGUAG